AUGAAGUCGUGUUGGCUAUUUCUGAUAUACCUGUUAUGGCUGAGGGGCCAUCAGUGUCCACCUAUAAAGGAGGAGGAAAUCAAUCCAUGGGAACACCUGAAAAUUUUAUCAGAAGUUGGUGAGAAAUAUGUAGACGAAGAGGUAAAGAAAGCUCUAGUAGGCAUUAAGCAGAUGAAAGUUAUGAUGGAAAGAAAUGAAGAUAAACAUGUGCAUCUGAUGAAAACCUUGAAGAAGAGCAGUGGAGAAAAACAGGAAGCUCUGAGGCUUAUGGACGAAGUGAAAGAACAAUUAGAGGAAGAAGAAAGACAAUGUCAGGUGUCUCUGAGAAAUCUCUGGGAUGAAUGUAAAACUUGUUUAGAAAGUAACUGCAUGAGAUUUUAUACCACCUGCCAGCAAGGUCUGUCAACAUUUACAAGUAAGGUUGAAGAUUUUUUCAGGAAAAUGUCUCCAUUUACUUUUACUUUUCAUGAAGAUCAAGAAAAAGAUCUCCAGUUAAAUGAAAAGCCCGAGAAGGAAGAUGCCCAGUUAGUACAAAUGGAAGAUUUAUUUAGCCAGCUGUUAUCGGAUGUGAGCAUAAUAUUUGAUAAAAGCUUUGCUUUUUUCAAACAGAUGCAAAAAGAAUUUGAUCAAUCUUUUCAAAUAUAUUUCAUGUCUGAUCUGGACCUAACUGAGCCCUACUAUAUGCCUGCUUUCCCCGAGGAGCCUAUAAGAAACAGUGGUUUUCAGAAAGACUUGGGUAUGCCAGGCUUCCUUCAGAUAUUUUUUGACUUCAGCAAGACUCUGUUUGAAGGUAUCAGCGAGGUGAUUACUGAAGCAUUUGAUGAAUACACAGACAGUACAAGAGAUUUGCCAGAACAAGCCAAAGAUUCUGACAAAAGUGGCAUGUUUUCAAAGAUCAUACCAGGACACAAGAGAGCUCUGUGUAAAGAGCUCCGUCAGAAUUCAUCCGGAUGCCCACAGUUUCAUGAGAGAUGCCAGAAAUGUCAGGAUAACCUGAUGAGAGACUGUCCAAACGUCCCUGAACUACACAUAAAGUUUGAUGAAGCCUUUAAGCUGGUUAAUGUCUCAGGUGAACAGUAUGAGCAGAUCCUCCAGGUGAUUCAGCGUCACACAGAAGACACUUCCUACUUGUUGAGCAAAAUGAAAGAAAGGUUCGGGUGGGUGUCAGAACUAUCCAACAUGACCAUCGGACCAGAAAACAUUUUCAAUAUAGUAAAGGUGUCACCAAGUGUCCAAGGAACAGAUUCUUCCAGUCUGAAUGAAACAGUGGUGCAUGUGAAUAUUCUGACUUCACCUACUUUCACAAUUAAGGUUCCUCAUGAUUUAGUUAUAGGGAGCUCUGAAUUCAUUGAAUAUGUAGCUGGGAAAGCUUUGCAACUUUACAAACAGAAUUUUUAAGGAUGACAAGAAGAUCUGUGGAAUAUCAUCCACUUCAAAUCCAGCGUCCUCUCCUUACAGUGAAGUACUCCAAAG